AUGUCCGACUUCGACCGGGAGCUUCCCGAGACAGCCGCUUUCGUUGACGUGAAGCUCUUAAACGGCGGCAGUAUGACAGCACAUUAUCACAAACUCCAUGCCGGUGAGCCAGCUGUGGAGUUCAGAAUGUAUAACUGGGCCUUCUACAUUUACCAUCCGGGCCAGCAGAGACAUAUCAUCUGGGACCUCGGGUUCUCGUCGAGGCACAUCCAGGACCCUGAUGACUAUCCGCCCGCAGUCGCAGAAGGCCCCUUCGUCGAGGCCCAGUUCCAGGCGCCCAGCAAGUCAAUCUCAGAUCAGAUUCAACAUCGUAGCGGAGUGUCACCGGAUCAGAUUGAUACCAUCAUUUUCAGUCACGCUCACUUCGAUCACUGCCGUCCCAUCAGCCGCACGUUCCGCAACGCAGUCGCCUGGUUCGGACCGGGGACGCGCGAGUUCUGCACGCCGGGACACUUGGCCGACCCGACCUCCUUCUGGGACGGCCGAUUUUUCGACCCGGAGGACCGCGCGACCGAGAGGUGGCAAACCUUUCUGGGCCCUUGGAUGCCCUUCGGACCUUUUCCCCAUGCAUUGGACUUCCUAGGCGAUGGUAGCCUAUGGAUCAUCCAGGCCCCGGGCCACAUGCCUGGGAACCUGUGCGCAUGCGCCCGGCUGGCGUCUGGAGACUGGAUCCUGCUGGGGUCAGAUUGCUGUCACUCACGGGCUCUCCUGGACGGGGUCAAAGACUUCGCCCGCUUCCCGCUCCCCGGAGGCACCCAUUUCUGCUUGCACACCGACCUCGACGCGGCGCGGGACACGGUAGCCCGUGUGCGGUAUCUGGAGACGCACCGAGGGGUGCAUGUUGCGCUGGCGCACGACACCUCCUUUAUCGAGGAUAAGCAGGAUACGGUGCUAUUGUCAUUGCUUGACGAGGAGGGUCUGGACGGGUGGGGUGCUGUCAUUCGCGAGCAGAGGCCUAUCUAG